AUGAUGCAGUUUUCAAGAAUUAUUAGAUCCAACCUCCUCCCAAAGGGAAUUUUAGGUGAAACUCAAACAUCAAUUACUGCCACCAGAUCAAUUUCAACUGGAUUCUAUCGUACAUCGGAUGAAAUGUCAAAAUCAAAGAAACAAGAUCUCUCUGAUGAACAAGUCAACGAUAUAUUAAGAAAGGCUGAAUUACAAAAGGAGGAUGAUGACUCUCAUAUUGGAGAAUUAAGCACACAAGGAGAAACCGGAGCCAAUGUAAACAAGGCCAACAAAAAGAUUAGAAAAAUGGUUCCCAAGGACAUUGAAAAAUUUAUUGGUUGUUCACAUAUAACUAACUUACUUUUUACUACUACUACUACUACAACAUUUAGAAUGGGUCGAUCAAAGACAGAGAUUAAUAGCAAGGAAAUUAGACAACUCGAAGAAAAGUUGGAAGAGAUCAAGAGAGGUCUUGUCGACAUUGAAGAACUCAUCUUGGAGAAGAAGAGUACUUUAAAAAAGAGACCAGUUGAAGAGAGCACCGAGCAAGACGACGACGAGGAAGACACCCCCGUCAAAAAGGUUGUCAAAAAGGCAAAGGCAACCAAACCAGCCACCACUCCAGAAAAGAAAAAGAAACCAGAACCAAAAGCAAAAAAGCAAGCCAAGAAAGUGAAUCAAGAUGAAGAUGAAGAAGAAGAGAAAGAACAAGACGAGGAAGAAGACGAAGACAAUGAUCAAGCAAUGAGCGAAGCUGAAUCACCAAAGAAGAAGACGAAAAAGAGCAAGUCUGGCGACAAGACUGACGAAGAGACUACCGACAAGAAGAAAAAGACUCGUAAAACAAAUUCAAAGGAUAGAGAAACAAAGGGACUCAAGACUGGAUCAUGGGGCGAUGACGAAAUAAAGCUUUUGGAAGAAGCCCUCAAAUUGCAUGGUAGUGAUCUUGACGCCGUCGUCAAACACGUUGGAACACGUGAAAAGGUUCAAAUCCGUAAAAAGAUUGCCAACAUGAAGAAAAAGGAGGAAACUGUCGUUGCCAAUGGAGAUGACAGCACACCAAAGAAGAAAUCAACUCCAAAGAAAAAGGCAGAUGAAACUUCCACCAACAAAAAGACUGCUGCUGCUGUCGACAACUCUCCAGCUGCCAUCAAGAAAAAGGCCGAUGAAGAGACUGCUGCAAAGAAAAAGACCGCAGACGAAGAGACUGCUACUGCAAAGAAAAAGGCAGAUGAAGAGACUGCUGCUGCUUCCACUGCUACUACUGCUGCUGCUGCUGCAGCCAAGAAAAAGGUUGAAACACCAAAGAAAAAGGCUGAAGAGGAAAAGAAAAAGGUUGCUGCAGAGGAAGCUACUGCUGCCAAGAAAAAGGCUGAAGAGGAAAAGAAAAAGGCUGCUGAAGAGGAAACUAAAAAGGCAGCUUCCAAGAAUGCUUACCCCUCAGAAGCAGAGGAUGACGAAACUGACGACGAUGACGACGAUGACGAUGACGAAUCGUCUGACGGUGACGUUAAAUCGGACGCUGAAUCCGAUACUGAAGAAGAAUCGGAACCCGAAACUGUUGUUCCACUCAAAAAGUCUGCAUCAUCUGCACCAUCUAUCAAAUCAGUUCCAGCCGUUCCAUCUGAAGGAAUCACCAAAACUCCAGCAAGAGCUUCCUCUGUUUUAAAAACACCUGUAUCUAAACCAACUCAAACUGCCACCAAACCAUCUGCCAAGAAAUCAACCAAUUAA